CGUCGGACUCAUCAGCCGAGAUAGAUCAGAUCGAUAUGGAGGAGCCGCCGUCCUCGUCGUCGUCGCCGGCUCUGCCGCUCGACAUCGUCGUGGAGAUCGCGGAGCGCUCCGACCCCAUCACGCUACUCCGAUGCGCCGCCGCAUGCAAGCACCUCCGCCGCGUCAUCUCCGGCGAGGGCUUCCGCCGCGACCUCCGCCUCCGCAACGCGGACGGCUUCGUCCCGGGCCUCCUCCAUGGCUUCUUCUUCCAGCCUCGCUGCCCCAGCCCCCAUGACCACGGCUACAACUACGAGCCCCUCCGCUUCGUCGCCGCCGGCCGCCACGAUCACAUCGCCAGCGGAGACAACUGUCAGAUACCGUCCUUCGUGUCGGACUCCGACGAGAAUAAUCCUUGUCGGCGCAUCGAACCCGUGGCGGCGCGCGGCGGCUUCGUCGUCCUCCGGACCGGCGAGUUUUCCGGGAAGGUGUGCAACCCUAUGACGGGCUACGUGCGGGCCAUCGACAUGCCGAGGAAGACAAGCAAGGGUGAGGGGUCGUCCUACCUAGUGCUCACCGCCGACGACGGCGGCGAUGGCGUCGACGUCGGAGUGACCUCCGACGACUCCGAGCUCCACCCGUUCAGGCUCCUCGCCGUGCGCCUUUUCGCGAGGACACGCGUGGAGAUGCAGGCGUUGACCACGGACACUGGCACGUGGGGCCCAGCCACCACGCUCGCCGUCGUCAAUACCGGCUGCCUCGGCCCGCGCCCCGUGCUGGUCCGCCCGCCCGUCGUCGUCGCCGGCGUCGCCUACUUCCUCGGCGAGAUGUCCGGGAGAGACGACCGGACAUACCAACUCCAACGCCGGAUGUCCCGGGUGAGCUUCGACCCACCAUACCAGCACUCGCCGCCGCCGUCCUACACCUACUUCGUCCUCGCCGUCGACGUCUCCAUCCGCCGCCGCGACGGCGAGACCGGGGGAACAACAGCGGCGGCGACGAUCAUGCCGUUGCCCACCACCGAACUCCGUGCCCCGUCGUGCACCGGCGAGGCAACCGUCACGCCGGGGCAGCUCCUGCUGGCGCCGUCGUCGUGGCGCGGCGGCGACAGGAGGUCGUCGUCGUUGGCGCUGCUCGUCGGCCGAAGCACCCAGGUGGAGAUAUGGACGAUGAAGCUGACCUGCCACGGGAUGGCCUUGCUCCGGAUGGCGUGCACCAAGGUCGUCGACUUGAUGGGAGUACCCCGGAGUCCCUGCUCGCCGCCGGUGUCGGAGUCGGAGGUGGCGCUCCUGUGGUCCGGCGACGCGAGCGGCGCCGUGGUGCUCCGGCUCGGGGGGACGGUCUGCCUGCUGGACCGGCGGCGGCGCGCCAUUGUGGUCCGCGCGCUCGGCGAGGAGUUCGUCGAGUUUCGCUCUGGGCGUCGCCAUGUGUUGCUGCCGUAUGAGGUCGGUUUGUCCAGUUGGGUUCCCUCGAUUUCUCCAUGA